AUGGGAAGAACCUUUGGAAAUAAGAAUUUGACUGAUAACGACAAAAGAGCCAUCGUUGUGGGUCGUCAAAAUGGACUGACCAUGAUGACGUUGGCAGGAAUGUUCGGCGUGACAGAGGCGGGCAUUUCUGAGUUCCUAAAGCGUCAGAAAGCUCAAGAUGGCUCUACUAAGAGCCAACGCACUGGAAGAUCACGUGUCACUGAUGGUAAUGACGAUAGAAACAUUUUGAAGACGUCUAGAACCAAUCCAAGACACCGCCCCUACGAUCAGACGGGAAGUUUUCUCGAAUUCGCCAUCUUCGCCAUCCGUCUCGACCGUGAAACGACGUCUGAAUGCUGCUGGAAUCAUGGGAAGACGUCCAGUGAAGAAACCGCUGAUUUCUGA